AUGGACGAUAUUCGCUUGUCCGCAGACCUGCCGGUCGACUGGACUGAUAUGCUGUCGCAGUUAGAUGCCAGCGGAAAUGCUUCGGUAGCUCAGCCCAGCUCGAUGGCCCCGAGGGGAGCUUUCGAACCAAAUGUCUCUGCGACACCUCUAGCGCGAAACAAUGACCACUUUCUACAUCAGCCCUCCAUGUCAGAAUUGGACGACCUUGAUCGAAUCCUCGGGUUACCAUCUUCAGGCGCCAGUAGUGGCACUCCAGGUCCUCAUACGCUUUUUUCCGAUCCCCAUGAUCUUUUCACUCUCCCUCGUAAGACAACAUCUUCUACGACAAAUCAAGAAGAGACAGACGCAGCGGCGCAGCCAAGUUCGGCCGGAGCGCAUUCUCCUUCCGGCGAGCCCAGACCGACGUUUGAAAAAAGCACUGAGGUGAAACAACGGCGACAGAAAUACCACGAAAAGUAUAAAGAGCGCAAUCGGUUGGCUGCGGGGAAAUCGCGACAGAAACAGGUCGAUCUAAUCGCUUUACUCGAAGCGGAGCGGAGCGACGAAGAGCGACGAAGGCGGGCCCUUGAGGAUGAAAUUCAGAAGAUCCAGAAAGACCUAUACGCUAUCAAGCAAGAGCUUCUUCAUCACAUUCGGAUGUCCAACUGUAUAAGCAUGAUGUCGCAGGGCGCUCGUCUUCAAACUCUGGGCCUGCUGGCACAAGACAUUUUCCGAUAG